AUGCCCGUCGAUGUGACUGCCAAAAACGACAAGGUUAUCUCCGAGGGUGUCAGCAUCGUGAAGACCCGUCGUGGAGCGCUGGUGGAUGUGGCGUGGGUCCACGUGUGGACGGUGUCGCCCGCCAGCGGCAGAGUGACUGGACUCCAAGAGUUCGUCAACACUGCCGUUUCCGCGACUGUGCUUGGACCUGCUUCUGGCGCGCUAAGUUCGCUGCCCGCGGCUUCAUGCCGCGAGGCUAUGGCUUCCAGCGCGAAGCUAGAUCUGGUUGAGGCCAAUUGCCCCCCCCGCCUUCCCCCGCGCCGUUUCCGCCCGGCGGAAAGCUCCGCUCCGACCAUGGACGCGUUCCCGGAGGAGCUGCUCACUCCGCCGGUGCCCCUGGUGGCGCUACUAGGCGUGCCGGAGCUCCACGUGGCAAUCGCGCAGCACCUGCAGGCGCAGUCCCCGCCCGUGGCGUCGGUAUUCGUGCCCGACCGCGCGGACGCGGCGGAGGUGAGCGGGAAGGAGCGGCGGCCCGCGGACGCCAAGUGCGCGCCGCCGCUGGGCGUGGUGAAGGCGGAGUGGGUGAAGAAGCACCGCGAGCGCAUCCCCGCGGCGGCGGUGGUGCUGGUGGAGAAGGCGCUGCUGUGCGGGGACGCUGGCGCGUGGCAGUCCGUGUGCGCCGAGAUCGACCAGAUCAAGAGUGCGUUGAGGGGCCGCAAUGUGAAGCUCGUUCUGCUGCUCGUGCAGGCUACAGCAGGCGGUGAGAUGAGUGAGGAGCGGCUGGGCAUGCUGAAGCGGCGGGCGGAGGUGGAUGGGCGCAGCUGCAUCCCCUUCCUCGUGGGCGAUGCCGAGGACCAGAAACGCUCCCUCUCCCGGCUGUACGCGGUGGUGGUGGAGCUGUGCGCUAACUACUACCGGGACGAGGUGCGGCGCAUGCGCCUCAAGGUGGAGCGCCGUGCCUACUCGCACACCGAGCUCACCGUGCGCUACUACUUCAAGAUGGGCAUGUACUGUGAGUUUCGCCGCGAGUGGCUGCCUGCUGUCAAGUGCUACGAGGCGGCCUUCCUCUCGCUGCAGGAGCUCUUCUCAGGAGCAUCCGAGCGCUACCCCUUGCAAACCGUCCUGGAAGUAAAAGCAGUGGCCGAAGUUCUCAGCCUCAAGGUCUGCACUCUCCUGCUGCACUCGGGCCGCGAGGUCGAAGCAGUGGGCUGGUUCCGCACCUUCAUGGAGUGGUUCCGAGCCCGCGUGGGCCCCCCUGAAGCCGCGUUUCUCCACUGGGGGUGGAUGGCGAGGCAGUACGAGGUGUUUGGGGAGUUGCUGCAGCAGCGGUUGGCGUCGUCUGGGCAUGUGGUGGGGACCCCUGCUGGUGCUGCUGUUGCUGUUGGGUCUGCUGCGGCGGCGGCGGCUGCUCCUGUGGUGGGUGGAGGAGGGGGUGGGGGGGUGGAGGGGGACGAUGCUGCUGUUGCUGCGGCUGCUUCUGCUGCUGCUGCCGCUGAUACUGAUGGGAUGAAACUUACAGGGCCACCGUUGGCGACUGCGUCUCUUGCCCCGUCCCCUGCCCUCUCCUCCGCCUCCCUCUCCUCUCUCUCCACCUUCCCUCCCUCUGCGCCCUCCUCCCUCCCCUCCUCCGCCCGUUCCUCCCCUCCUCUCUCCCCUGCCCCUAGCACCUCCUCCUCCACCUCCUCCGUCCCUCCCCUCCCCGCCCCUGUCACCGCCGCCACCGCUGCCGCAGCCGCCGCCGCCGCCGCAGCAGCAGCAGUAGCUGUAGCAACAAGCGCGACCGCUGCCGCCACUGCCGCCGCCACCACAGCAGCAGUCACAGCCACAGCAACGCCUCUCCCGCCCGCCUUGGAAGGCCAGGGUCCCUUCUCGUCCCAGUCCCUGCGUGUGCCGCUAGUAGCACGUGUGUUCCAGCUAGCAGCAAAGCACAUGCUCCGGCACAGGCGUGCAUAUGACGAUGCCCGCUUGGCUCUGGAUACGUUUGGGCUGGCGGCGUUGGGAGGGGACGGAGGCGGCGUGGGAGGGGUUCAGGCGGGGGCGUUUGGAGCGGUUGGAGUGAGUGUGGAUGGGUUGGUGGAUGUGCUGGCGGAGGGGAAUUCGGGAGUGGAGGAGCCGGUGUAUGUGGGGCAGGCGUGCCGGCUGGUGUUCCGAGGACAGGCGCCGCACGAGCAGCGCCCCACGGAUCAGGAGGUGCUGCUGCACGAGGUGGUGCGGCAGCAGUCAGACCACUUGUCAGACACUCUCUUGUUCCUUCCCCUUCCCUGCACCACCCACGCACCCAUCCACACCUUUUCUUGGCCCCCCUCCCCUCAACCCCAGCCCCACGGACCAGGAGGUGCUGCUGCACGAGGUGGUGAGGCAGCGGUCAGGGCACCUGUCGGGGGCGGUCAUUCUGCUGCACGCCAAGGCACACGACCUGUACCGCGGCAUCCAUGCACAGCGCAUGAUGGCACAGGCGGGGAGGGGAGGGAGAUGGUGGGACGGGGGUGGAGGUGGGGUGGGCUGUGGGCGGUGAAAGGGGGGGUGGUGGGGCUGUGGGUGGGGGGUGGGACGAGGGCAGCCAAGGCACACGACCUUGAUUCCACUCUGAUAACACCACACCACACACCCGCUUCCCCACCCCGUCCCUUUCGUCCCCCCCUCGCCCAUUCCCUCCCUCCCCUCCACCCCAAACACACAUAUGUGGCACGAGAUUACCUCUGCAUGCACCACCAUCUCAACGCCAAACCGCUGCCUUACCAUAUCCUUACCCAUGCCUACGCCUCUCCCCUCCCCGCUCCUCCCCCCCAGGUCGCAUGUGAUAUGGCAAGGGAGUACCUAUGCAUGCACGACUACCCCAACGUCAAGUUGCUGCCAUACCAUGUUUUUCACCCUCAUUGCCCACACUCCCCACCACCCCAGGUCUCAUGCGACAUGGCACGCGAGUACCUAUGCAUGCACGACUACCCCAACGCCAAGCUGCUCCUAGACGCCAUCGCACAGCUCUACCGCCGCGACUCCUUCUCCUCGCUCCUCGCCUUCUGCCUCCUCAACCUCCGCUCCUGCGCGCGCCACCUCUCCCUCCUCCCCGACUUUCUGCUCUACUCCCUCGAGCUCUGCACUCUCCCCGCGCUCCCCUCCCCGCCCCCCUCCGCUGCUUCCCCCUCCGCGGUUGCGCUUCCUACUGCGUCUGCGUCCCUGCCCCCGUCUAGCUGGAUGGAUUUGGGUUCGGGGGAGGGGGGAGGAGGAGCAGGGGGCGUGGGGGAUGUGUACGAGGGGGGUGUGGGGGGGAGUGUGGCGGUGGGGGGGAGAGUGGGGGAGAGGGAGAAGCGGGCAGUGGCACAGGAGCUUCUGCGGGUGCUGAGAGGAGCGCGCAUGGAUGGGGGCAGCGAAAGUGACGAGGGGGAGAGGCGAGCGAGCGAAGGCGGAGGAAGCGGAUUCACCAGAAUCUCAGAGUCAUGGAAAGGAGGAGGGGAAGGCGGAGGGGAGGACAGUGCGAGCAGCUGGGCCAGCAGCGUGACAGCAUCUACAGGAGGGGAGGAAGCAGCGAAAAAGGGAGCAGCAGCGGCCCUGAGAGUUGGGCUGACCCACCCGUUCCUCCUCUUCACCCAGGAUCUACCCCACCUGCGUGCAGUUCUCUCUGCCACUGCCGCCUUCCCCCCCCGCCCCGCGCACCCCCCCUCGCCUCCCCGCAUGGGGCAGUCGCUGCAGGUGUGCGUGUCCCUCCUCACCCACUUCCCCAUUCCCCUGCGCCUGCAGCGGCUGCUGGUGCGGUUCAGCCAAUCCUGCUGCGACACGUGGAUUCCGAGCAGUGGGGAGGGGGAGGAGGUUGGGAGUGGGGAUGGGAGGAAGGAGGAGGAGGGGAGAAGGGGGGAUGCGGAAGGGCUGGUGCUGCAGCCUGGUGUGUGGAAGCGACUGUCCUUGUCCGUCACUCCAGCGUUCAGCGGGCUCCUCGAGUGUCUGCAGGUGCAGGCGCACAUCACGCCACAUGCCAUCCUCUCCUGUCCCAUCGACAGCCCGCAAGCAGCAGGCCUCGUGCCCUUCUGGGUCUUCGAGGCCCCCUCUCCCUCACCCUUUGCCGACGCAUCCCUCUCUGUGCUGGGCCAGAAGGCAGUAGAGAUAGCAGACGAGGCUCCUUUAGCGGAUGUGACAGUGGAGUGUGCAGCAGACGGGGGGCUGGUUGGGGAGGCGUUGCCUGUGCGUGUGUGGGUGCGGUCGCUUGGGCAUUCGCUGUGGUCUGCGUCGCUGUCGCUUGUUCUGUCCGCUGCUGCUGCCGCCGCUGGCGCUGCUGGUGGUAAUGCUGCCGCUGGUGCUGGUGGUGGUGCCUCUGGUUCUACCUCUACUUCCCCUCUGGCAGCAUCGUCCCCUCCUGCCUCUCCCGCUGCUUGGCCCACUGCCCAUGCACCCUCCCACAACCCCUCUUCCACCACCACCACCGCUACCAGCAGCAGCACAACCAGCACCACCAACAGCGCAACCGGCAGCGGCGGCACAGACAAGGAAGGCCCCGGCACUGCCUCUCACAGCAUCCCUUUCAUAGCCCACCUGCCUGCCUUUGAACCCCCUCCUCUCCCGGGGUAUUUGCCCAUCCCACCUGCUGGUACGAGUGCAGGGGACGCGUUUGCAGUCCUGGGGGAAGGCACUGCGGGGAGAGACGAGGGGGGGGAGACAGAAGUGCAUGGGACUGCUGUUCCCGCGGAGAUUCUAUUGCCGUGGGGGGAGCAGGGGGGGUGGGUGGGGCAGGGGGCGGGACAGGGGUUGGGAGAUGGGGAGAUAAGAGGAGGAGUGGGAGAGGGGGAUGAAGGAGGGAACCGGCGCGAGAGAAGAGAGAGCAGCGAGCAGCAGCAGCAGCAGCAGCAGCAGCAGCUGGUGGCAUUGAGAGGAGACAUUAAGGUGCCUAUGGUGGAACCCCAUGGGUCAUGGAGCACAGUGGUGUUUGUCCGAUGGAAGGCCGCCAUUCCCCUAAGCUUCAUUGCCACUCUCUCCUACUCCUCCUCCCCCCCUGCUCCGGCUGCUGCUGCUGUCACUCAAGCCAUGCAGGCUCAGGGGAGCGUGAGAGAGGAGCCUGCUGCUGCUGUUCCUGCUGAUGCCACCGCUGGUGCAGAUGCAGGUGAACCUGGGGAAUGUGCAAGUGAAGGAGCCUCAGCAGACCCAGCUGCAGCAGCAGCAGCAGCAGCAGCAGGGGGAGGAACAGCAGCAGGCGCAGGAGCAGUGGAAGGUGUGGUGAGCAGUGAGAGCGCAGCGAGCAGCAGCAGCGGGAGCACCAAAGCACCGUUCCAGGUGUCAAGAUCUCAGGACCUGCGGUGCCAAGAAGCCCUCUCAGUGCUCCACCGCUACAUCGGCCCCUUUAGAAAGGACUCCCUCAUCCCCAUCUUCCAGUUCUCCCCUGCUGCUGCCUCCACCCCCACCACCACCUCCGCUGCCUCUACCCCCACCACCCCGCUUCCCCCCUCCACGCCCUCCUCUCUCUCUGCUCUCACAGCGGCAGCAGGAACAGGGGCGGCGCCGGCAGCAGCUCUGGCGGUGCAUGAGACGUGUGUGGUGGCGGUGGUGGUGCGUAACACAGCGUGCACGGCACUGCGGCUGCUGGCAGUGCGAGUGCAGCAGCUGCAAGGGGACGAUUCCGCGUGCCUUGUCCGGCCAGUGUCCAUGCGUGGCCGUGCAUCUGCUGCUCUUGCUGCUGCUGGUCGUGCUGUUUCACACGCAGACGAUGGGAGAGGUGGCGACAGCAGCAGUGCAGGUGCGGAGGGCGGUGGGGAAGGGGAAGGGGAAGAGCCAAUGGCAUCAGAAUCACAAGAGCAAUCAGAGGCGUGUGAUUCAGAACUUCCCUUGGUGUUGGGUCAAGGCGAGUCUUUCACCCAGCUCUUCCAUGUCACCCCGCGUGUUGCCUCGCCCGCCCUCGUCAUCGGCUCGCUGCUGCUCACGUGGCAGCGCCACGCAGCUCAAGGAGAGAGCAGCAAUUGGUUGCUCAGUCAGUCAGUUUUGCAAGUGCCUGCAGGCAUGGCAAGCGAGAAUGAUCUGGCUAGUGGAUUGAGUGUCAAGCUGGCAGGCUCUGACCCUGUCGCACUGACUCUAGACGCGGCAGCCCCACCCGACCAGCCACACCAACAGGCAGCCCAGACUCUAACCCCCGCACCCUCAUUCCUCCCACAGCUGUCCCCAACCGUCUCGUCUCUCCGGCUGUUCCCGGCCGUUCUCGCCGCCAACCCGAUUCUCGUCGCGUCGCUGCGCCUACCGCCGUUCACGAUCGUGGGGUCCCCCUUUUCCUUCUCCAUCCGCCUCUCCAACUGCACCACCUCGCUGCAAGAGGUGGUGUAUCAGCUGCAGGACGCCCCAGGCUUUGUGUUUGCAGGCCAGCACAGCGGCUCUGUCACAGUGCUCCCCCGCGCCUCUCUCCGCCUCUCCUUCCGCCUGGUUGCAGUGACAUCAGGUAUGCUGCAGCUGCCGCUCAUUCGGCUACUGGCGCCCCGCCCUGCUGCCAAGCUCUACCCCUGCCUGCACACGUCACGGCUCUUUGUCUUCCCCUCUGCCGCUGCUGUGCCUGCUGCUGCUGCUGCUGCUGCUGCUGCUGCUGCUGCUGCUGCCGGUGCAGGAGUGGGAAGCAAGAGGGGGAUGAUGGGCGCCCAUUUGUUGCAGCAAUCCUGA